UAUUUUUUUUUUUAAGAAAAGCAGUACCAUGGGACAGAGAAACACCCAGGAGGACUUUGAGAGUCAGUUCAAUGAUGUGAUUUCCAGACUGGAGUCCAAACAGUUUUUCCAGUCUGAAUGGGACAUUGGCUUUGCUGUCAUCUUCUUAGUCUUUAUUGGUUUGAUUGUGCUACUUGUCCUUCUGGUCCUCAUCCGUUGCUGUUGCUGCUGUUGCUGCGAUGAGAAGCCUAAACGUCGUAAGGUUGGCAUAGAGAACACAUGUUUGGAACCAUGACAGCUGAACAAGCAACUCAACCUUGAGUUUGCAUCAACUCCUGGAUUUAACAUUUCAAAAUAGGAUUUUACUUUGUUUCAACACAAACCUUUUUUGUUCUUGUGAUUUUCUACCUGAUUAUUGUACCUGCUGUGGUUUAGUACCACUCUAAGUGUACAGUUAGCGAUGAUUGCACUUUAUGUAAAUGGAUUCUUGUCUUGAAUAACGUAAUCAAUUCCCAUUGUCUUAAACUAUGUUUAAUAAAAUCUAAAGGUGAUAAA